GUUUUGAUUUUUGAUAAAUAAACAUCGUUUUUCAAUCAGAAGAAUGUCGGAGACGAAGCCAAGAAUCAAAUUGUUGAAUGGCACCGAGUUGAUUGCACAGCGAAAAUUGUUCGAUGAAAUUGAUGGCGAAUAUUUGGUACGUGGUGAAAAGGCAACAUUUCCUAUAAAUACCGAAGAAGAGCGAACCAUCAUCAAAUCGUAUCAAGAUGAUUUGCGGAAGGUAUUAUCAAUGGAGAGAGUUGCUUUGCAAAACGAACGUUCGACGGCUGUAAUCGAAGAUGGUAAAAUUAAAGUGACAAAACGCCAAGGCAAAUGGGAUGUGUUUGAAUCGUCUGGCCAAUAUUUGGAACCACAUGUCGCACUGUUCUACAUGGAGCUCAACAGGCUAGAAGUCUACCUGGGCAAAAUGAUUGUGUCAUUAGAAAGGGCUUAUCAUAUGUUUCUCGCACACGACAAUUCCGGUAGAAGUGAUAAACUGACCAAAAAUGAAUACGUAGUUUAUGCGAAUUUCAUGCGUUUUGGAUGCCACAUAAGACGAUUCAAGAAUGAAAGUCCCGAAUCAUAUACAUCGUCUGAAGAUGAAAGUGAUGACAACGAAACUGUUCAAAGCGAUGCAGCCAUCCAAAAGUCUUAUAUUUGGAAUUAUUUGUAUGAAUUGCUCGGUCACAGAAAGACAGCAAUUAAAUCGGGCAGUAUCGAUACUAAUCGUUACAGCAACGUUAAAGAAUCGAUGAAUGUCACAAUUGGGAAAUUCAAGAUCGACGAUUCGGUCGAAACAAUCACAUCUACCUCUUCAAUCGAAACCAGUGAAAGAACUGUUGUUCCAGAGAAACGGAAAUUGCCAAGUGACGAGAGUUUCAAUGCACCAGCAUGUAAAUCUGCCAAAUUAAGUGAUAAAUUCAGUAAUGACGGCCAGUAUUUCGGCAGUGGGUCGACAAAUGAUUUUAUGAUCGGCAACACAUUUCAACGGUUCAAGCAAAUUUUCGACCAAAUCGACAUUAUUGAUGUGAAGAAGCCGGAUUCGUAUGACGACCAACAGCCAAUCAAUGAAAAAUUCUCGUUUGACUUAUGGACCGAAUUGGAUAAUCGGUUCUGGUCCCAGCAUAAAGGUCCGGAUUUUCGCCUAAUCGUUAAACAACCAUCCAAAUCGCUUCCCCAUAAUGAUGACAUUUUCAGACUGUACAAUAGUUUGGCGUACAAAUCGGCAAUCAUUUUGGUGUGCACUAAUAAGGAAAUGUCAUUUCAAGCAUAUGUUUAUCGUUUUACAACGUAAAUUUGUCAAAAUUGUCAGUUUCAAUCCACGAAAAGAAAGAAUUUUAUUAACUUUCUCUCUAUGUAAAUAAAAACAAAGUAUGACUGCAGAAAAAAAAACAAAUGUGUGUUAAAACAAUUGAUCAUUAGAAUCAUUAGUUUAUUUGCCAUUUUUCGAGCGGCGCGCUCCAUAAACGAAAACACAAAUACAAUCGAGCUUGCCUGCUGUGCACAUGGCUUUGAUGUGUAUAGAGAGCAACGACGAGAACGGCAGCGGUGCGGCGGCGAUGACGAAGAGAGAACAACGAUACUUUACCAUAGCCAUUUAACACACAAAUACCAAUACCGGAUUCACAUGGAAACGCGCGCGUUUAUGUUACCAUCCGAAUGAGUGUAUGCAAAGAAUGAGCAUGAGAGUGAGAGCGCGAGAGCGAGAAGGAAGGAGCACAACUCGAGUGAGCGAAUAUUGUGUGUGCGAUACGGUUGUAUGCGUGCAGAAAAUCGGUUUUGGUUCGCGCUCGAUACCGACAAUAGCCGAGCAAAGGUGGAGCAACAACAAACAAAACAAAAACUCAAAGCUUUGGGAUCGCUUCAACACAUUUUCCACCAGUAUUUGUUACACAUUCCUGCAGUAUAGUGCUGUCUCUGUAGCAGAUUGCGUCGCCAAUAUUCCGAAUUGGUUUUUUUUUUGCCUCGAUAGAGUUGAAUACAAAUAAAAUCUAAAAACGCAAAAGAAAACGAAACGCAUUUCCGACACAGUUUACAAAAUUUGAAACGGCUUACAUCUGAAUAUCCCGAUUUUUGUGUGUAAAAACGAAUUUUUGUUUGUAAUCGGUUUUUUUUCGAAAAAAAACCCACCUGAAACGACAUCAACGACAUCAACGACGAAUCAUAAAAAAUCUGAGAGAAAAAAAUGGGUUGUGGCAUAGCAAUAGUUAAAUUUAUUCUAUUUGUUUUCAACUUGGUGUGCGCGGUAAGUAUAGUUUCGUUUUGAAAUCAAUUAAAUCACCCUGUUCCUGAAAUGAUAGAAGAAGAAAAAAAACAACGGGCAAAUCGACACAUUCAGUUAUUUGGAAGACGAAUGAUUCAAGUGUUAAUUGUUGUUACUGUUCAUUCUUCUGUUAAAGUGAAGGUUACGACUUUGCCAUUCGCAUUUCAAUAGAUUCAUAAUCGCAAAGAGCAAAGCCAAAUGACAAGAUAAAUGAAAAAAAUAACGUUCAUCAUAGAAAAUCUAUCGAAAUGAAGAGAAAAUGAUUGUUUUUAUUAAAUCAGUUUCACAUAUUAUUUUUUGUCGCUUUUUUCUUCGCAUCUCUCUUCGAUAUGUAUGUAUGGUCACAUCUCUGGCGCGCGCGCUGCACUCUCACAUCAGUUGUUUAACAUUGUUUGUUAUUUGGUUAUUGGUUAUUAUGGUGCUAAAAUGUCGACACGACAUCACAUCAAAACAGGUUUAUUGUGUUUCUGCCGCUGCUGCUGCUUCUACUGCUGCUGUUUCACUGGAAUUGUGUGUGCAAACCGCAGACUUUCAACUCCAUCUCGUUGCUCGCUGUGUGUAUUUCAUUUGAUCAAAACCAAUAGUUCAGUAAUAAAUAAUUCAGAACAACGUGAAUAUCGUCACCCGUUGACGCUAGAAACGUUUUUAUUUUUUAGUUUUUACAACUUUUUCAUUCCGUCUUCUCGGCCAUAGAUAUGCAAACAAGGUUGAAAUGCAAGAGCAACUUCCACAUACAAAAAAAAAACACAAACAAAUUCAAGUAUUUGUGGAAACGUGCAAAAAUUUCGUCAGCCAUCAUAUCAGAGAAGAAGAAAACGGCAAUCAGUCAGUGGAAGAGACAAGAAAGAAAGAGAUAAAUAUGAUAUUUCUUUUCUUUAUGAUGCUAUGAGCAGCAAAAAAUAGAGAUGCUUAUUUUGAUGUGUGCCAUUCAGUCCCUCCUAUUCAUCGGAAUUAAAAACGACAACGACGGCGAAGGCGACGAAUAAUGUGUAUUUCAUUCAAACAUUGCGCGUCAAAAUCGAAACUGAUUUUGUCAAUACAGCGACACACUACUGAAACCAGUCUUCAUAAAUUAUCUUCACUUUUUUCUUCUCUCAUUGAGCAUUUUAAUUUCCGUAUCAGAUUUUGUGAAAUAAUUUCUUGAUUUUGUGCAUGACCACAUCUCGCUUCGACGGAAAGAUAUGUAAAAGACGUGGAUAGAGAGUGGAAAAAAAAGCAAAACAACAACAACACAUACAAUGACGAUGACAAUGAAAUAAGAAGUAUAGAUAGAAUCGAGGAGAGAAAAGAACAGUAACAGCAGCAGCAACAAACAAAAGUCAGGUCGAACGAGGCGAGAGCGUGGAGAGAAAAAAGAGCAUUCUGGUUGAUGUGCUGGUUCCACACUAUAAAAAGAAUGGAAAUUACGUCAUUUUCAUAGCAAUGAAUGCUGUUCUAAUCUGCCAUAUCCAGUAGUAGUAUCAUAACACACCAACACCGUUUCAACUGGGCAGCCCAACACUCUCAAUGCACAUAACACUGAAACAUAAAGAGCAAUGAGAGUCGAUGAAGUCAAUGCUGCUGAUGCACGAACGGAACACACACGGAAUAAAAAAGUAGCAACGAAAAAAAAAACACAUAAAAACUGAACUCAUGUUACCGUGACCAACAUAGGUGCAGUGUACAUCGUAGUAUGAAACGAUGUACUCACUUGUGCGAACGGAACGAAAAAAUUUAUACAUAAUUUCGAUAUUACUACUUUCAGAAUCAGAAUUUAAAUCGAAUCAAAGAGCAACAAAAGCAAAAAGGAAACGACAAAAAAACGCACAACCGAAACUUUCCUUCAAUCACUCACUCCCGAAACGAUAUAUGAAACGGUGAAAUAGAACGCUCAUUGAAAUGUAUAAAUGUGUAUGGAAGUAGUAUCGUGCAAAGCCCAUCAUAUUCAACCACAUUUUGUUUUAUGUCUUGCGGCACAAAGAAUAUAGGAGUGAAUUUACGCAUAUUAUAUUGCCGUGGUAUCCACGCAAACGUAAACAUCCAUAUACGUUUGUCCGACAUUCAAAAGACGCACGAAAAAAAAAUAUAACCAAAUACACAUUUUGUAAUUAUUCCGCGUGUGUAUGUGUGUUGUAUUUUUUUUUUUGAGGCACGUUUCAGCAUUCUGUUCAUUUUCUUUCAUGUAUGUGAUUUUUUGUGUUGUUUACAUUUUGUUCUAUGCCAUUCGUAACGUGUGAUUGACCAAGACAAUUUCUUAUUUACCAUGAAAUUAUUUCCAUAGGUAAAAGUGGUCGUAUCACUCGACUUCAUACUCUAUUCUUUUCCGAAUGUCUUUUCCGAUUGAUUCUUUUCUUCCCGAAAAUUACUCGAGUAAUUUUUUUUAAUGUGCGUUAACAUUUCGUAGAUAUUUUUACUGCUUCAGCGAUUUUCGAAAGGGCGUGCACAGCGCUUUUUUUCUGUUGUUCAUUUCGUUUAAUUUCAUUUUGGGUUCCCUUACGAAAUUAGGGGACUUAUUCAAUAAAGUGCUGGUGUUGUUGUUGUUGUUGUUGUUGUUGUUGUUGCUUUUUUGUCUACUUUAUUCAAUGGGAAGUACGGCAAAUAAAUUUCAUGCUCGUCGUUCUUUUGAGCUGGGAAAAUUAUUGAAGACCACAAUUAGAAUACAAUGAAAGUGCAUGAGAGAAAAAAACAAUUCCCCAUUUUUACUCUGAAACAUCUCACAGUGCUGCCGUGUAUUGAAAGUUGAUUGAGUCGAGAUUUGCUUCUGAAGAUUCACAGUGUUCUGUUGUGCAAGCGUGUAGCAUCAAAUAAUAUAAUAAAAUGAUGAAAAUGAACGAGAAGAAGAAGAAGAAGUAGAGAGAAAACACAGCUUAUUAGACACGAACGCGGCUUGCUAUAAUCUUCCCUUUCAAAUAUAUAUAUAUAUAUAUUUUUCUGCCGUUUUAGGAAAUGAGUUAACUCUGUUUACACACAGAUUUGUGUUUAUAAUAUAGUCAUAAAUAUUGCGAUUUGUGUAUUCUCGCCAAUAGAUGCUAUAGCACACAGUUGGGGAAUUUCAAAUGAAACGAAAGGAAAACAAAACCAAAAACACACAAGUGUGACUCUCUCGGCCCUCAGCAAAUUAUUGCUAAUCAACGAAUUGUUGGAGCUUUUCGGUGUUUUUUUUUUUAUUUUGUUUUUGCCCUAUUAUUUUGUGUGCAUGUGUCUGUUGUUUCGCUUUGGUCAUUUCCCAUUCCAGAAUUCAAUUAUUCGCAUGAAAUCGACAAUUUAAAAUUUGCCUAUCUGUUUUGCGGUGCUAGUUUCACAGUAGCAUAGAAACGUAACGACAGAGAUAGAUUGAGAUAGAGACAGAGAGAGUAGGCUAUUAAAAAUGAGCAUGAAGUCACGUUGAAUUAACAGCAACGACAACAUCGACGCUCAGAUUCCGAGGCGCAUACAUUCACACACUUUUAUGUGGCCAACACCUUAAAAUCCAUAUCUGUAGUUAGUUUCGUAGUUGCUUUACUCUUUAAUUAAUAUAUUUUUCUGCAUGGGUAUCGUGCCUAUAUAGUACCUAGUGUGUACUUGGCAUUUUACCACCGUAACAGCUUUUUAUCCGGCAAAUAACAAUUAUAUACAUAUUUAGUCCACCUCAGCUCUGGAAACUAAUUACGGAGUUGCGGUUUUGAGAUUUUGAAUGAAUAAAAAGAAAACCAAAAAGAGAAAAAGAAAGAAUGACAACGCCACCGCCGCCGCCGCCACCGUCAUCGUCGUUGACGACGACAGCAACAGCAACGAUACAACGCAUCGAAAUGACUUAUGUGUGUACGUGUGAUCUCAAUUUAUGAAGAACGACGUCAUUUAUAAACAUUUUUCGAAAUGUUUGGAUCAAUCAGUGCGCUCUUGUUGUUUCACAUUGUUUCUUUGCUCAUUCGUUCGUUCGCUCAUUUCUUAUAUUUCUUGAUCAUUCGAAGAAUCGAUUCGCAAAGCGUAAUACAUUUUCCAAAAACAAUUUGAAUAGCCGCUGAAAUAUGAACAUGAUACGUUGUUCUUAGUGUAUCAGCAUUAUUCGUGACUUCAUCGGUGAUCAAGCAGCAGCAACAGCAGCAGCAACAUGUGUUUUUAUUGCCUAUCGUCGACAGACCGCAACAAAUUUCGAUUAACGAAUGUUUUUUUUAUUGAAUGAAAACACUUGCAUUCCGAAACGUAUACCGCGCGUCAUGUGUGUUUUUUUUCAUGGCGAAGGCUUCACUUCCAGAACAACUAAACUCCUGACUCACAAUUUCAUUUAGGCUAAAUGAAGAGGCCAAAUUUAUUAAAUUAAAUUCCAUUUCUUCUUCGCCAACUUAUUGCAUGUGUACAAGAGAAUAUGAUUUCGUUUACUGCUUCAUUUUUCCGUAACAAAAAUUGCACGCGAUUUACGGUGAAAGUUCUGUCUGCGUUUUGUAUUAUUUUUACGCUUCAUAACAUACACACACACACACACACACACAAAAUAUUUCGACACACGAUGAUGCGAAUGCCAUAGCAAUUAAUUUCAUAAAAUUUGUGUAGAUAGAGUCAGUCCAUCCGUGAGAAUUCAUUUGACAGAGAACUCUAAAAUUCUAUCCACGCGAAUAAUUUGCUUCCGGUAACGUCACCAUCACCACCAACACCACCACCACUGCCAAAGUCGACUGGGGAAAUUAACGAAUAACGAUGUCAAAUCAAAUUAAUUAAGGUUUGCCGAUAAGCCAUUCUCUAGAUUAAAUGACCAUCGUGACAAUACCCCCAACUGUCUUCGUUCGCUUCUAAAAUGGUACAUGUUACCCGUGCGUGUUUGUUCAUUAUCAACCGUCUCUUCUAUUUUUUUUUAUGUUCACGUUUUUUGAAAUUAUUCAAAGUGACACCUUCAACAGAACCGCAACACCGAAAUGUUGGUUUGAUAUUCGGCAAACAUCAUUUAGAAGAGAGACACAAAAAAUUAUGGUGUUUUUUCUUUGUUCAACCUUGUGCGUAAAGAAAAUGCGAUGAAAAAAAACCAUUCGGUUAUUAUUCAGUACAGCACAUCAUUGACAUGGUUGCGCUCUCAAAACCAUAGUUUUCACCACAUUUUUCUUUUCAUCGUGUUCGUGCUUCUUCCGUCUCUUGAAGCCGCCAAAUAAAAAUUCGAAUCAAUUGUUUGGAAUUAAAUGGAAAUUGUCGAAAAAUGGACACAAAACUAUUUCACGCAAAAAUAUAAAAACCAAAAUCAGAGAUGACAUUUGGCGAUUGAAUUGAUGCCGAAUGUCUCUGAAGGCAAUUCCAACAACUUUCGAAUCAAUCUAAUAAGAUUUUUCCAUCCAUUAUACUUUCACUGCAUCAAUUAAAUUAAAUUACUGGCAAUAGAUGUGUACUGAAUGAAGUCGCAGUAGAUACUAAAUUAAAUUGGUGGAAAAUUGAUGGGUCAAAUUAGUUCGUUGCCAAAUCUAAUCAAAGUACUUGAAUUGAGAGAAAAGAAAGACGCAAAAUUCUGAUAAAUGACGGGAUUUAUUGACUAAUUAUAUUACCGAAACAUUUCGGGAUUCCAAAAAGACUUUUGCAAUAUAUGUAUUUUGGUGUACACCAACGACAACACAAAAAAACAACAACUGAAAACUAAUAGGUUGUAAUUUAUGGUAUGCGUCAAUCGAUCUUCAAAAUACUACGUGUGUCUUUUAUUUACACGUGUGUGUGAGUGUGUGUGAUGCCUGAACGGUGUCGCUUAAACGGCCCGGCCCGGCCUAAACUUCCACCCGCGUCAUAUUUGUAAAUUUUAUAUCGAAUGAAUAAUGUGGGAAGGACAAAUUUGUAAAAGCCACCAAUUCGCUUAGUAAUCGCCCAAUGAACAAAGUGAUUCAGGCAAGUGUCAAUUGAAAUGGGAACGAGAAAUAGAAAACAAAACAAAACAAUAUUCGGCUAGUAUGUGACUUCAACCGUGCAUUAUUGUUUGACUGAAAAUUUGUCGCUUAUAUCUUAUCUACGUAUCACAUAUCCGAUAUCAACAUUGCCGCAAUGUGUACGUUACGUAUACAUGUGUCUAAUUAUUCUGUUGUUGUACUCUCGUAUAAUUUUCAUGCUGUACAUGACACAGUACAGUGUGUGUGUGUGUACAUUCAAAGUGCAUGCCGUGUUAUCAUAAUACAAAACUAAUCGGACACAAAAUAAACUUAAUCAACUAUUGAUUCAGUGCAAAAAUAGAUGGAAUUAUUUACACAAUAACAAAAAAAAUGGUAGCAUGAACGCAGGUCGACCGACAAAAUGGAUCAACGAUAUACACACAUAUAUUCCCACUUCAACAUGGGUCGUUGCAAGCCAAAAAAAAAAAUCCAAUAAAAAACAUUAUCACGCCUGUUUGACGAAAUGAAAUUUUUUCGUACGAAAUGAAAGAAAAAAACAACUGUCACGAACAUACAGCGAAUAGCGAAAUAUGCAAUGUUGAUUCUCCCUUUUUGCCGUGUGGCUCCUUUUUGUCUUCUUUUAUCUCGCUUUAUCUGGUUUUUUUAUAUCGUUAAAUGCAAUUUUCAGCAUUUUUUCUGUAUUUGCUUCGUUGAUUGUUUAUAUGUGUGUGUUAUUUUUGGCGCGUUGUUUACAGCAUAUAAUCUAUUUUUAAUUCCUGGAAUUAUUGCGGCAGCAUUUGCUGUCUCUUCUUUAUUAUUAUGUAUACAACAGUCGGAUUAAAUUUUUAUUUUGUUCUGUAAAAUGUGGUAAUAGCGAACGCAUCAAUUCACCUGCACUUUAUUUUCGGCGCAAAAUCACGGCAAUUUCAAUGGCUUGUUCGAACAGAGCAUUGAACGUGACUUGGUGUAUUAAAUGUCGCUCAAUGGUACAUUAUGUAAAUUGACAAUUUCGGUCGAAACAAAUGUGUCAUACUCGGAUUUCGAUGCACGCACUCACUCUCCAUUAAAAUCAAUUUCAUCCCAACCAAUUAUUCGGUUCUUUGUUAUUGUGCGAUUGUCAUUUUCAUUGUCUCCAAGGAAAUUCCAGGAAUUUUAAUUUCGAAAGUGUUUUGGACUUUUCUCCACAGGAGAUAAGAUAUGUUAUUACAAAAUUCAUAUCGUGCUGAAAAGCAAUCAUUUUUUUCACAUUUAUAAAUCAAAGCAAUGUUUCAACUUGCAAUUAGUAGAUUCUCAUACAUACACAGAGAGAUAGAGAUAUUGAGAUAGAAAGAGGGGCAAAUAGAUAAACACGAGAGAAACAGAGAGAGAGAGAAAAUGUGAAAUUAUACGAAUUAAUUGUAUCAGGCAAGAGUAAUGAAUAAUGUCGUCUUGAUUCAGGGUCACACCAAUAUUUAUUCAUUACUGCAUGGAGUGAGUCACGUUACACACAGUGUGUCUUCCAUUUGACUGUCAUUUGCUAUGGAUUCAUUGUCGCACACUGUGAAGCAAUCCCACUUCAAAUGUUUUGUGCAACAACGAAAACUCUGCACCACCGCCGCCGUUGUCUAUGAGAGCGAGAUGAAAUCUACGCAAAGCAAAUGCUCUACAGCACUUACGGUGCGCAUAUGAUCUCAAUUUGCAAUCGAUUUGAAGUCGGUCUCUGAAAUUGUGCUGUUCGCAGAAGCAUAUACACACAACACGGUAUGUUCGAGCGAUUUAGCCAUGGAUAAUCGAUGUCAAUGCAUAUUGAAUGCAGUUUUCACCGUAUUUUAACUACUAAUAAUGGUUACCGUUCCAUUUUGAAUACCACAUCCCUUCCACUUCCGCUCGCUUCUAAUUCCAUUCAUGUGACGCUAUGCAAAUGACAUUUUUACGUAUGCGAUUCGAGUUACACUUGGCCAAUCAUUAAUCUUUGAUGUUUGCGUUGCGAAGAUCGAUCGAUUCCGAAGGAUUAAAAAAAAACCAGAGAACGUAUAAACUAUUCCUAUGCAUUUCGAUGGUGUCACCGUGUGUUGCAUGUGCUUGUGUACGUUUUUAUUUCAACAGUAAAAACACCACAUAAUGUGUUCCGCAAAAUGUCAUUCCUGUUUCUAUUCUUAGACGAUAAAUUCUCGACUCAGUUUUAGAGAGAUUCAACAGAGACAUUAUUAACACGAAAAUAUACAUGUUUGAUCUCAAACAUAAUGGAACGAGCAAUUCAUACAGCUUGAAGAACACAGAUUAUGCCGGAAUAUUCUUUAUUGACCGCAGACAGAAAUGAGGUAGAGAGAAAGAAUGACAACAAAACAAAGUGAACAAGCACCGAACAAUUUCGGGCCAAGACUUUUCAAGUCAAUUGUACGUUAAUUACAUCAAUAAAAUUUAGUCCAUUCUUUCGGUGUCGAUGACGAUGAUGAUGAUUCAAUGUUAACAGCAAUACAUUUUUUAUGAAUGACAAAUGUCAUUAAUAUCGUGCGUAGACGAUAUUUUGAUAAGAUAAAUGUAUUUCGUCUAUUUUUCAGCCGAAAUUUGUAUGUAUUGAGAGUGAAUAAUUAGAUAAAUAAUUGAUUAGUAUGAAUAGAAGUGCGUUUAGCUAGUUCGCUUAUCUAUCAUUCUCCGCCAGAUUCGAAUGUAAUUUCGCUGAUUUGAAGUCAGGUCAUUGUGAAAGAAGGAUGUGACUCGUCACUGAAAACUGUAGACUCUACGUAUUAAAAUCGUACCAUCAGUCUACUCAGUCACGGUCUUCUUUGUUAAAUUCGUUGGUUAUCAUAACAUUUGGAUUACGAAAUCCGAUAUGACCUAAAAUUCUAUGAGCCGCUCAAGUUAAUUAUGCUUUUCCAAAACUUCAAUCUAUGUUUCUUUUUCUUUUUUUUACAAAAAAAAAUGGAAUACGAAACAAGUCUUUUGAGCGGUUACAAAACGAAAACCAGGUCGUGUUUGAUACUGAAAAAUUGAGCGAAGAAUGUUGUGUCGAUAUGGUGAGCGUAUAAUUUCAGAAAAUUUUAUAUUGAAUGAGCUCGUUGUGUCGGCAUGACAAAAUAAAACACAGUACCAUUUUGUGCAUGAGAGAAGCCAUCGUACGGAGUGGUUUGUUUAUUCGUCUCUUCUUUUGUUUGUGUGUGUCUGCGGCGUUCGACAGUAUGAUUGUUAGUUAUUGAAUGCUGUCCGCUGACUUAUACAUUUGUGAAAUGUGCAGAGAGUGAGAGAAAAAAAAGAGUUAAAUAAAAAAAAGAAGCAUUUUAAGCAAUAAACAAUGAGCCCGCUUUUUCUGCCUGCCUGCUGCUGUGGCUGCGCGGCUGCUGCUUUGUCUUUGCAUUUCGAACACUUUCUAUUUUGAUGGCUGAGUGUGCGUUCAAUCAUUUAUUCUUGUUCAUCUGAGCAAAACGACUUCCAAAAA